CACUUCCUUUGGUAAUUGCAGAGGUGGCGGAAGUACGUCAGUUAUCUCGGCGCUGGGGCUUUACUGCACUGACUCCAAUUUCAGAUGUAGGGAAAGAGGGGAGAGGAGAUUUUAAUCAUCUCUGUCUCUUUAAGAGCACUUAUCAAAGCUUUUGCAUUUAAAGAAAAGGAGAAAUACGGUAUACCACGAGCAGCUGAACCACCAAGGACGGAAUACGGGAAUGGAUUUAUAAAACUUACACGGGCCUGGGAAUAGCCGCUGGUUUCUUUUCCCUGUAACUGGAUUGGGUUUGAUUACAGAGUGGGGGUUGUGUAAGUAAAAUAAAUAGAUCGUGUAUAAACAUCGCGAUUGAGAAGCGAAAGACUUCGGAGAUCCUUGCUUUGAUAGCAUUUCUCUCGUAAAAUUUCCAUAGUGGAACUUAGCUGCGGGAGAUGGUUAACAGUUGAGACUUGCGAAAAUAGCUAGCUAGCUAGCUACAGUGCAGUGGAUAUUGUCCACUGUUCCAUUUCUAACGCUUUAUUGAUACGCACAUAUUGUCGAGACGGAUAUUUAUAUUUUUGAAUUUCCCCUUUUCGACCGUGGAUCAUGGAUUGGGUGGUGGAAAACGAGGGGCAGCGGUAUAAUUUCUCUGCGUUGUCUGCGGUAUGCAGCUGUUAAUAUUGGGUUGUACCGUUGCAACAAAGUUGCAAAGCAAGUGAAAUACAGAAAUCAUAACUAUUUUGCGAAUUUGCACCUGUUUAAAUGAAGGAGACGUCGCCGUUUUAAAGGGGAACCUCGAAAAAGACGUGAAGGUUUGGAUCGCUUCUUCGCCUGCAUUGUGGAAUAUUUGAACAUUUGUUUGUUAUUCUGGAGGUUUAUAGCUAUUCAAGGUCAUUCUGUGAAUCUAAUUAUUGAUAUAGAUACAUAGCUAUAUAAUUUGUAUAUAGGCGUAUCGUCGUGUGAACGUUUGGGAGUUCAGUAUUUUAUUGAUCUAUUGCAAAGGGAAAUCCGUUCACAUUUUGGUAAACCAGUGUAAUCCUUAGUUUCCACAACGAUUUUAAAAUGGAUGGAAAACUGAAGCAGAGUCGGAGAUCCCGAUCCCAACGUGAGAGGGUACGGAGACGCGAGGCAGCUGGCCGCGAUGCACGAAAUCAGAGCCCCUCGUCUUGCUCAGACAGAGAGCAAAGUCCUAGCAGGGAUCAUGCCUCACAGAAUGGUAAAAAAGCUCCCAACUCGGCCCCCUCAUCCAGAGCGCCGCGUCCGACGCGGAGAAAGCGACGGGAAUCUAGCUCCCAGGAAGAGGAUAUCAUUGAUGGAUUUGCCAUCGCCAGCUUCGCCAGUCUGGACUGUCUGGAGAAGAAGAAGAACGGGACCCUGAAGCCGCAGGAGAGGAAGGAGAAGUGGGAGAGCCAGACGGUGAAGAGGAGGAGAGAGGUGGAGAACGGCGUCGGCGUCGGCGCCGACCCCCCGGAGAACGGCUUCAACGACAGCGGCGCCAACCUGGAGCGGGAGCAGGACCGGGCGAAGGAGCGCGUCAAGAAGAAAACCUACUCCAAGAAGAGCAAACAGGUGAAAGGCAUGCUGGGAAGGUCUGGGAGGAACAGCGAGGAGGAGGCCCUGCAGGAGCUCAGCAGGCCGCAGAGGAGCAACUCCAAAGAGCACUUCAGUGAGAGCUCCACUCACUCGCUGUCUGGACGAGGCUAUUCGGUAAGUGACAUUUUCCUGCUUUAUCGCUUUUAACGGCAGAGUUACGGUCUCUCUCUCUCUCUCUCUCUCUCUCUCUCUUGCGUCUUUUACGGCCUCGUCGCUGGACAUUUUAAUUCCGUUAAACGGAGUUAUGGGGAAAUCGUGAUAUUAGGGACGUUACUUAUCGGAUGACAGGCUGAUUAAA